GGGCCGAGUGCACAUCCUCAUCACCGCGAGGUGAGGCUUUGCCUCCAGCAGUAGCACCGGUGUCUUCUGAGACUGCUGCCUCGGCUUCGUGCUUUCUUCUUUCGUCCCCCUCCCCAAAGGAGUACCCUCCCCUUCACCCCACACCUUGGAAGUUUUUUGUGUCCUGGAAAAAUCAUACAGCUAACACAUCAUAGACCUCCAGUGUUUCAGACCAAACUAAGCGAAAAUGCAUUAUGUGAAUUAAAACAACUCAACACGUGAACUUCUUGCCUGAGCAUUGUAAAGACUGACUGGUUUGAAAAUGGAAAACCAAGAACCCGCGGAUCCUUCUCAAAAUACCAAACAGUCUAUUAUUUCAGAGGAGUUAAUUUCAGAAGGAAAAUGGGUCAAGCUUGAAAAAACAACGUACAUGGAUCCUACUGGUAAAAUAAGAACGUGGGAAACGGUGAAACGUACGACCAGGAAGGGGCAGUCGGCCGAUGGUGUGGCGGUCAUCCCAGUGCUGCAGCGGACACUUCAUUACGAGUGCAUCGUUCUGGUGAAGCAGUUCCGACCGCCCAUGGGAGGCUACUGCCUAGAAUUCCCUGCAGGUCUCAUCGAUGAUAACGAAAGCCCGGAAGCAGCAGCUCUUCGGGAACUUGAGGAAGAAACUGGCUACAAAGGUGAUGUGGCAGAGUGCUCUCCAGCUGUAUGUAUGGAUCCGGGCUUGACAAACUGUACCACACACAUCGUGACGGUAACUAUCAACGGAGAUGAUGCUGAAAACGUGAGGCCUAAGCCAAAGCCAGGAGAUGGAGAAUUUGUUGAAGUAAUUUCCUUACCAAAGAAUGACCUGCUGAAGAGACUUGAUGCUCUGGUAGCUGAAGAACAUGUGACAGUGGACGCCAGGGUCUAUUCCUAUGCUCUGGCACUGAAACAUGCAAACACGAAGCCGUUUGAAGUGCCUUUCCUGAAGUUUUAAGGCCAAAGGACAGUAGCCAUGUUUUUACAAACAAGACCACCCACCAGGCCUCCUUCACUAAGACUUUGUUAUUCAGCUUAGCCUAAUGUAGAUUUGAAAUUAGUUUUUUCAUUAAAUAAAAGCAACACAGAAUACAUGUGGUGAUAUCGAAUUGUAAUUACAGGGAGGCUGUAGCCUUCAUAUUUAAAUGCUAAACUCCAGCAAAUAUUAAUGAAAAAGAACAUAAAUGCAGAUAUGUUUAAUCCAGUGUGUUUUAAUCCAGUCUAGUCCAGGAGAUAAGGGUAUUUCUAGAGGAAAAAAGACCUGAAUUCCAAAUUAGGUCAACCGCACCCACCCUCAGCCCCCAUAUAAACUUCUGUAAUGAGGUAUGCAAAUAACUAUUUACCGUAUUACUGUUGAAACAAAGAUUUUUUAUAAACAGAUUUUUUUUUAAAAAGAAAGACCUAUGUAGGGACUUUUUUGGUCUCCUAAUUGCUGUAUGGAAUUAAUAUACAUCCCUGCAAAGCAGAGAAUGUACAAUCAACAGAGAGUAACAUUCGUGACGAGCAAAUGUUUACAUUUGGCCAGUCCUGCCUACCUAUCGAGGGUAAACCAGCUCGUAGGUAAUGAAAAGUGGCUGAUUCCAUUCAUUGUAACAAGGUUAAGAAGCCACUGAAAAUACAGGGCCCUUCCAUCAAGCAAGUACAUAUAUUUUGGAAUCUCUUUUCCUACCCUUACCUCAGAAACCAAGUCCAUUUACAUGGCUGGUGGGCAUUAUGGUCUUGGUGUUAAAUCAUGAGUGUAGCCAGCAAGGUCACCAAAUACCAGAAACCCAAUACAACUACCUUAAAGGGGAGAAUGGGGGACUGUUUCCAGCUCAUUCCAUGCCUAAAGCCCGUCAUUCAAAACAUCUACCAGUGUUGUGGGCCGUUUUCUCGUCCUUUGGCUGAGUUCCCCUCUUAUAGUGACUUCCACAAGUCUCCAGAAGCUCAGGUUAGCCUCCAGCCAAAGUCUCACGGUGAUGCUCCCUGGCCAGCCCCAAGUUGGGUUUCCAGCCCUGGGCUCAGGCCCCUCCAGUCAGAUAAAACCAGGGUAUUCAUGCCAAAAAUGGCAUGAUGUAGUUCACUUGUCUACAGGUCCGCUGUGCUACCCAGAGAGGUUUUUGUGAGCAAAAAAACACAAAUCUUUCUAUUAUACUUCCUAAACAAAAGGGGAAGAUAUGGAAGUGGAGAACUGUCUAGAUCAAAUCUACUCUCUAUAAAUAUUGCAAAAAUUAGGCCCCAACUACUUGCUCUAAUAGUAGCCUUCCCCUGGGCCCCUAACCCUUUUUUAAAAAAUCAUUAUGGGCAUCAUGAUGCUCCAGAGAUCUUACUCUCUUCCUGAGCUCUCAAAGACCAAGUUCUAUAAUUUCCCUUGUUACUGUUCUCCUUCAAAAUCAAGAACCAGAUGGUGUAGAAAAUCUACAGACUCAGGCUUAGAGCAGUCUCCAAAUGGACCAGCUCUUCCAAAGCCAUUCCCCACAGGAAUUGAGGAACCUACUCUUAAGUGUGGGUAGAAGAGAGAUGUUUGUAACCCCCACCCGUUCUGCCACCUUCUCUUCCUAGGAGUGCACAUUAGAAGUGACAGCUAAAUCCUAGAACCUACCCCUAAUGCCAUUUAUAUUAGCCUUUAAACAUCCAGGGCUGUACUUUGGAAGUCAAGUCAGUUUGAGAGUUGGCAGCCUGGAGGUCUCCACUGACUGGCAUGGUUAAUUUAUGAGCAUUUAAAAGGUGAAGGUUUCCUAUAAAAAGCCCUGUUUCCACCUUCUCUUGAAAAAAAAAAAAAAUCCUAUAUAACAACAUUGGAUCCACAUUUCUAUUCUAACGAUGGUCUGAGCCCCUUAGGAGAUGACCCUUGUUCCUAUCCUGCCAGCCUUUAUUUUAUCUGCCUUGCCCCUGUAAUUGUUUGGUUUUGUGAUGCUAGGCUAAAAAAGAUAUACUUCCUGCACUUACUAAAUAAACAACGAGAAAAUCUUCUGAAAA